AUGUCUCAGCCAGCAGGAUAUCUUGGGCCUCAGAGCUUCGGCGAGGACGGCCAUGUUCGUGGGUUCGACUUCACCGAACAGACCAUACGAAGAGGAUUUAUACGAAAGGUGUACUCAAUCCUAAUGUGUCAACUGCUGAUCACCAUGGGCUUCAUUGCUCUAUUCCUAUUCCAUGAACCAACGAAGCGAUGGGUGGCACAGAAUAGUUACUUAUUCUGGGUAGCGUUUGGGGUUAUGUUCGUGUGCCUGAUUGCAAUGGCCUGCUGCCCGGAAGUACGACGGAAAGCGCCCACAAAUUUCAUAUUUCUGUUCAUUUUUACGUUGGCGAUGAGCUUCCUGCUUGGAAUAACCACCAGCGUUUAUGAUGUCAAAGAGGUGAUGAUGGCGGUCGGCAUAACUGCGGGAGUCUGUCUUGCGCUGACUCUGUUCGCCUUCCAGACUAAAUGGGACUUCACAAUGAUGGGUGGAGCGCUCGUUGCUGCCAGCAUGGUGUUGCUCUUGUUUGGUAUCAUUACUAUCUUCACCCCGAGGAACGACAUAGUGAACCUCGUUUACGCAGCAGCCGGUGCACUUUUGUUCUCUCUUUAUCUGGUCUACGAUACACAGCUUAUGAUGGGUGGCAAGCACAAGUACAGCAUUUCCCCAGAAGAAUACAUCUUCGGGGCACUAAACCUCUACUUGGACAUCAUCAACAUAUUCAUCUUUAUUCUGUCAAUUAUUGGCGGCUCGAGAAGUUGA